AUGACAGUUGGGGGCCUCAACGGGUUUCCAUGGUCUGGGGUUGGCCUCCACUUCCGGGAGCAGGAAUGGGCACUCUGGCACUUGGGGCUUUGCAGCUUCCUCGGCUUCGCCGUGCGCAUGGUGGUGGGGACAUCGAUGCUGAAGUGGGGCUUUUGGGUGUGUCUUCCCAUUUGUGUGGUCCACCUCUCGUUUUUGAUCCCCGUCCUUACGAACCCAAAUUGGGAGACGGCUGUGAUGCUACAGAUGAUCGCCUUGUUGGGCUUCGACUCUCAACUUGCUAACGACUUCUUGGUCUUCUACAACUUCCGCAGCUCCCAGGCCCUGGCCUUGCGGGCAACAUCCCAGAAGUUGGCAUCCUUGAGCGUGUGCUAUGCCUCCGCCUCCACCUUCGGAGGUGAUCUUCGACUACCUGGGUUGGCGUGGGAUACAUUGGGGUACCAUGUCGCAUUGCAGUCCUUGCAGCUCCUCCUCUACGCCACGGAGCCAGCCGUUUGGAACUCCUACCGUGAGGCCAUGCAAGGCUGCUUCUGCUGCCGCAGGCGAAGCCAGGAUCAGGUCGUCCCAUUUCAGGUGGAAGUUGAGAAAGCCACUCCUGGCCCGGCUCCGACCUGCAUCGUGCCACAGCCCGACUCGGCCCAUCUUCCAAAUCCUCGGCCGACGAGGCCCCGAAUAAGCAGCGGCGGCUCACAGCGCAGCGAGGCUUCUGCGCUUAGAGUUCAAGCGCAGCUUUCCUGGAUGUCUCGAUCUUCCUUGAGCUCCAAGGCAUCAACCUCAUCGCUCGUAUCCCAUGGGAAGGUGCAAAAGGCAGAGACUUUGGACCUGAACACUGAGCAGAAGGGCCUGCCGCGUGACCUCUGGCUCCCCGCCUUCCUCAUCUGCUUGGCAGCCUUCAACCACCAGAUGACCUACAUGACGGAGUGGUCGCUGUAUGCAGUCUUCUUCCGUGAGCAUCAUGGCUGGACUUCGGCUACCUGGGCAGGUGUCUGCCAGACCGCCGGGGACAUCCUGGGGGCCCUGAUGUUGAACGUCAGCGCUUACCUAAGCUCCGAAAACGGGGAGGAGGAGGGCUUCAAGGCCAAGGGUUGCAAGUGGCUCUGGCACUCUUUGACCAGCCAUCCUUACUGGUACACCCUUCUGACACUUGCUUGGGGUGUGCUGAGCUUCCUGAUGGUUAUGCCAAACAUCUUCCUGGCCGUGGGCUCCCAGAUUUUGAUGGGUACGGUCUACGUCUACUCCUUCGGGGCCGCCACCGACAUGGCCUUGUUCUUCUCCCUGGGAGACGGCAGCAUCUUCAUGACGCUGCAGCUCCUGAAGCGGCACGGAGAGUCCAUCGGAAGCGGCAUUGCUUGCUUCGCCUCCACGUUCCUCUACGAUGCGCUGGAUCCCAAUGCUCCCUUCAUCUUUACGGGUUGCUUCUCCUUCUUAGUAGCCAUCUACUACACCGCUGCCUUCUAUAGCCGGGAUGGCUUCGGGAAGAGCUUGGAAGAAGCAGAAGCUUCUCGGGCCCAGCGCAAGGGUUUGCGGAGAGUUAAGAGCUGGGUCGCAGAGGAGGACCCCCGACCUCGUCUUCCAUCCUUGGAGGAGGAAGUAGAGCAGAAUACUAGUAGCUUUGAGAGCAAUCUAGAUGGAGCCUCGACGAAACUGGACAUUGAGUGCAACACGGCAGUGGAGAACUCAAAGUCCAUGACAAUCUGA